AUGAUACCACUGAUUCCUAAGACUCAAUACAAAAUUGUUGGUUGGGGAAAAACGGAAAAAGGCAUUUCAAGUCCUAUUUUAUUAGAAGCAUCUUUACCAUACAUCGACCAUAGUACUUGUCGAAAUAUGUUUACAAAUGGAUUUGAACUAUUUGUGACAGUUGAUAAGUUUUGUUCUGGUUCUACAUUGGUUUCAGGACAAGGAUUAGAUCAGGGAGAUAGUGGUAGUGGCUUAUGCUUUUUCCACUCUGGUUCCUAUUAUUUAACUGGAUUAGUGAGUAUCAAGGAUCCAAGCACAAAUAAUUCAAUCGCAGUUUUUACAGAAGUCAAGUACCACAUUCGAUGGAUUCGUGGACUGUUUAACAACUUUAAAUAA